AUGUCUGGGCUACGUGUGCCGACAAUUAUUUAUUUUCUCAGGAGGCCUAUUGCAACUGGAUUUUUGCUUGGAAGUAGCAACAAUAACGUUAAGAGUUUCUGUUCGCCAGGAACAAACAAAAGAAUCCAAGAAGCCGGUGAUUCAAUAACAAAUUUAACUGAAGUUUUUGGGGAUGCUGUUAUACCAACGGUUAGCAUUGGUACAGUGACGAAUUUGAUUUUAACUAUAAUUAUAUUAAGACAAAUACUUUCUAGUGGAACAAAAAACCGAUAUUUAUUUUUGCUGUGCCGGGCAUGUGUUGACACAAUCACUUGCCUGUCAAUGCUAACUGUAGUAGCCUAUAGGCGUCAGAGACCUGACAAAGGUCAAAACGUUACUGUUGCGGAUGGCACCGUAGUUUUUGUUCCAUUUGGUACUCCAGUUCUGAGUGCCUUUAUUCAGUUUAAUUUUUGGAUGCUCUGUAACACCUACGCACUACUAUCUUUUAUUACGUUCAUUGCUGUUCGCUUUCCAUUCUUCUAUCGGACAAGAGUUACCACAAGGUUUUGCUGUACGCUGUUGACGACAAGCAUAGUUCUAGGGAUCUGUUACAGUAUUUUAUGUUACAGAUUAGGCACAACACCGUUUCUGACUAUUGAAUUUGACAAACCUCAGUUGCUAAUCACUUAUACACCACUGGGUAAUCCUGAUCGAGUAAUGGCUGUAGCUGUUGGGAAUGCAAUCUUUAUACUGGUACUGUGGAUCUCAGUGUUCGCUCAAUAUAUUGGUGUCCUGUUUAUUCUCGUGAAGCUUCGUGCGGGAAGGUCAGAUAACCGAUAUUUGACUCAUUUGAAUAGUUCAUUAAGGCUAUCGAUGAGUAUUCUGGUCUGGUCUUUAAUGUGUGCUUUAAUGAUUGCUGCAGUUGUAUCGCCGCCACUGUGGAAUCAGAGGAAUACUAAAUGGCUUCAAAACUACGAAAAUUUGCCGAAAAAUGGUACAUUAAGCGGAAGUGAGUUACUGUGCAUGGAAAUGGCUUCUAUUGCAACCUCAUUAUAUGAUCUUUUAAAAGUAUCUGUCUUUGCUGAAUCUCUUUGGCUUGCUCGUUUCGUUUGGGAUCCGUUUAUUUGUGUAUGCUGCGAUAGAUAUUUACGAGCUUUCUGUGCUGGCAAUAUCAAAAGGCUUGGUACCUUUCGUAUUUCAACGGAAAAAAAGCCUCCUUGA